GAAGACCAUCCACCCACAGAUUCCAAAUCCCAUCUCGACGUUCUCGAGUUCUCGUCGUCUCUUCCAUCGCCGCUCGCCAAAUCGACGGAUACCCCCUACCCCCACCAGCCGCAGCCGCCCCCCGGAUUUCGAGACCGGCGGCCGCCUAACCUCUCACCGCCCCCUUCGCCUCCUCGCAGCCACCGCCGGAAUCCUUCAAGAAGGUUACCUCGGGCUCUCGCGCCCAGCCUCAUCCGAAGUUCGAUGUCCUUUUGUGCCCGAUGGAUCCGCACCCCCUGACCGGCCCCGCCGCGUCCGACGCCGACGACUGGGAUAAUGAUGACUUUGUGAUCCCAAGCUUCAGUGUUGAAGAAUCCAAUCUCGGUGACUGGGAAGCUGCACGGGCUUCUGAUCCUCAGCCACCUCCAAAGGCCACUAAGGACACAGAAAACAUCUAUCUUGGACCACACGGUGCACCACCAUCCCGAGCUAAGAAGCCAGAGGACACUUCAGCUACAACUGGGUUCCGUGACAAGAACAAAGCCAGGGAAGCUGAUCAGAAGGUGUCUGGAGCUGGCCGGAACAACAAAGGAGACUUCCAUCGCCACAAUGGUGGCAACCAUGCCAAGGACCCCUUCAAGAGAGGUGCUUGACCUUGUGUCCUUCACGGCUCGUUCCGAGUGAUACCUUCUGCCCUGCCAGCAGCUUGACUGAGUGAGAAAGCCUGGCGAUUUAUCAGUGUACUCCUGGGAAUUGUUUGCCCAUAAACUAGGAGCUGCAGGAAUUCCUGAUCCUCUGGAUAUGUACGACCAGCACGCUGCUCCGGAACAUUGCGUUUGCUUUGAUGGAUAAGCCUCGCUGAGACAGGUGGUUGAGGCGUUGCUUUGCAGGUUUGUGUCCA